GGACCACGCCGACAACAACCCCAGCGACAACCGUUCACCCUCAAAAUGGCCGUCAUCAACAAGAGCCUUCACUCUUCCCGGAGCAAGUCCAGAAAGGCGCACUUCAGCGCGCCCUCCUCCGAGCGCCGUGUGAUCCUGUCUGCUCGCCUCUCCAAGGAAUUGGCUGAAAAGUACAAUGUCCGCUCCAUCCCCAUCCGCAAGGACGACGAAGUCCUGAUCCAGCGUGGAAGCCAGAAGGGUCGUGAGGGCAAGAUCACCAGCGUCUACAGACUGAAGUGGGCUGUCCACAUUCAGAACGUGAACCGCGACAAGAGCAACGGCCAGAGCGUUCCCCUCCCCAUCCACCCCUCCAACGUCAUCAUCACCAAGCUCCACCUCGACAAGGACCGUGAGGACAUUCUGGCUCGUUCGGCCAAGGGCCGUGAGGCUCGCAAGUCGGCUUAAAGGGUUUUGUCCGGGGUUUAGUUCAUGUUGCAAUGGCGGUAAAGGCGCGGGAGUUCUGAUAGACUCGAAAAAUGCGAGAUCCACCCUUCUAUGCCGAGGAUAUAUCCGCGGAAAUAGGUGCAUUGCGAUGAAAUGAAAAACGAAAAACUUUAUUUCCGCUAUCUAUGGUUUGCACCACGGGUUUCUAAACCGUAGUGUUAGACCUUUCCUCUCCUAGAAUCUCGGCAAUGGCUCAAUUUCAAAAGACUUACUUUUUCCUUGUUACCGAGUCCGUUGAUUGCCGACUAUUAUUCGAUUUUCUGUUGUAGCAUGGCCAUCUCCCUUUCGGCAGGAAACCUCGGUUUGGAUCCCCCAAUAUGGCGUCAUGAUAUCUUCUCGAAUUCGUUCGAUCCUGAUGGUAGAAGGGAUAAUAAAAUGGCGUGUAGACGUCGCAGAAAUAUACUUAUUGACUAA